AUGCCAAGUAUGGACUUGCAGCUGACUCAAUGGGAGGCGGAGCCACUUUAUUUAACUCCCUCCCACGCAUUCAUGCCACGAUUUGGAGGCGAAAGGGCCAUGUACGAAUCUCCUUGGUCUAUACCGCCAGCAGUUCAAUGCCAAAAGCCCCCUACGAAGGCCCCGAAAAUUAUAGCCAUCCUAUUGAUUCUGGCCCUAGUAAUGACCAUGUACUUCUGUCACCUGAAGAAAAACCAACAGCGCGGCUCACCUACGACUAUCCGCAGGCUUGCAGGCAGCGGAAGCCCAGACAAGAAUUCCGCAAAUAAUAAAUUGGGAGAGGAGCAAUGCCAACGAUGGGACGAUGCACUGAGGCCUGUAGGGCUAGAUAUCAUCGAUCGCCCUCUUCUUUCCUUUCAGGGGAGCGCUGCUGCGUCAAAUGAGCAGCCACCAAGUGAGCAGGGAAAAGAAACGGCAAGCACCGAUGUGGAAACUGGUAAAUUGAUGCAGCUGUCAGCAACAGAGAGAAUUGCCGAAUGGUCGAUGGACCCUAUAAGCGAGUUGGACUCAUUGAUACGGUUCUCAUCAGACGCUCCGACGGAUUCACUUUCGUUUGGCAGUAGAAAAUUCCCGUACUCGGACGGAGAUGCAGCACUCUCAUCCGAUCGUGAUAGUACAGAAUUUCCACUUUCCUUGUCAGACGAAGCUCUACGCAGCUACAUACAAAUGUAUGCGCAGUCUGGAGAAUCUCCAACAAACAGCGGCUACACCGCGAAUCUGGAGGAACCUUGUACUACUUCAAAUUCGAGACCGCAUCCGGAUCAAAUAGAGAAUUAUACACUUCACUGGAUACUUGGGGGGUUACGUGCUUCUUUGGACCUACCAGAGCUCUCAGGAGAUGCAGUGAAUACAUAUUUUGAAUCACAGGCCAGUGAGUUGUCUACCGCAGGAAGCGGCGGUAGUGGCAUUCCUUCGCCAAUGCCCUCGCCUCAGCAACAUUUGGAUGCUGCAGGAGCUACCGGUACGAACUGCGGAGAAAACUCUGCAAAUGCGCUGGAGUCACCUGAUGAGUCGGACCCACGGGAAACCUCUCCCCAAUUAGACGUCCAUUCUGAAAGCACGUCGGUAUCUGUUCCUCGCACGCCUAUGGGAGGCGAUUCUCUUCAAACUUCUGCCUCGGGAGCCACAGAAGAUACGCAGACACGGGACCUUUUAUUCCCAGACAGCUCCAUUCUGCUUACCCUGCUAAGCAGCUCUUCGCCCGAAGCAGCAAGAGACAGGGAACGUUCGACUAAUUAUGAUAAUCAUCCAUUUUACCAGCUUCCAGUAGUUCUGCCAGGGGUGCAAGUCGAGCCAUUCAACACCCAAUAUGCUUUUGAAACUGUAAAGCCAACAUGGGGCUUUUCAGCGAAACUUCGCCCUAUAAGGGUUUUGCUACGCAAGAAAGAACUAUCUCAGAGGGAGACAGAGCUACUUGUACGCCUUGCCGAACAACUUGUGGCCUAUGCCGACAAGUCCUUGAGAGGUGACAUAGUGGUGACGAAUGUAUCACGCGCCUCGGGAAGACUGGCUCGUCGGUUUCUUGCAGCAGAUGCAUUGUGGUCUAUCUGUAAAGCCGUGGGUCCUGCAAUGCGAAUGGAAACUUGGUGGCGAGAUCUAAUGAAGAGGAUGGCAAAUCUCCCAACUCUGCAGAGUCAGAUGAACGCGAUUAGAAACCCUUUUCGAUGUGUCUUUAUCCGUCGGAUCCUUGCUGCGCUUCAAUUAUACAGAGUAGGAAGACGUCCAGAUGCAAAAGAGGUAGUGGAGUUAAUGCAGUGGAUAUUCUGCCCUCCCAACACUGUCACAGAAUUCGCCAGGGCUAUAUGGGACCCAUGGAGAAAAGAAAAUGAACUUUUUUUAAGCCCUCAGUGA